ACGUAAACCAAUAAUAGAAAAUGGUAGAGCAAACAACGACAUUUAAAGAUGGCUCAAAAGUAGCCUACAAUGUAUUCAAUGAAGGCGCUACAGACAAAUUACCAUUGGUACUCAUUAUGGGAUUGAGUGGUACAAUGUUAGACUGGCAAAUGUUUGCAGAAGGUAUUGCAAAAGCGGGCGAAAGGAAGGUUGUCAUCUUUGAUAACCGUAAUAUAGGAAACAGCUACGGUGAAAUAGGUGCAAUGACGUUAGAUCAAUUAGCCGGUGAUACGAUUGAAUUAAUAGAACACCUAAACUUGAAAGAGAUUGAUUUAUUAGGUUUCUCUAUGGGUGGUAUGAUUGCUCAACAAAUCCUACUUAACCGUGCACCAAAUUUCAAAAUCAACAAAAUCAUCCUCGCAUCAUCAGCAUGUAGAAGCCCACCAUCAACGAAGAUUGAUAUGUCUUCAGAGAAAGGCGCUCAGGCAUUUACUUUGUCAUUGUUUGACGAAGAAUGGGUGAAGAACAACACUGCGAUCAUCGCACUUAUACAAGAGACAGCUGCGUUGAAACGUAGACCAUUAGAAACUAUGCAAGCACAGUUAAAAUCUCUUCAUGGUCUUGAUUUCAGCGAACAGCUCUCGAAAAGUGAUUUCACCGAUAAAAUUUACAUCAUGCACGGAAAGAGAGAUGCUAUCAUUAAAUUUGAAGAGGCAGAAUAUAUGCUUUCAACUAUAAAAGGUGCAAAAUAUGUUAACAACCUGCCUUCAGUCGAAUAUGGCCACAUGUUCCCUGUUUACUUUGAUCCGAAAACCUGGUCGGACGCAAUCGAAAGCUGCCUUUGUAACUCUAAAAAAUCUACCUUGUAGAGCCUCAUCGGAUUGUAUAUACAUCUACAUAAAGCUCAU